AAAAAAAAAAAAAAAAAAAAAAAAAAAAAAAAAAAAAAAAAAAAAAAAAACCUCCGAAACGGUUCUACAUCGUUGCUUUUACAGUCAUUUCCGCUCCGAAAAUGGGGAAGCUGCUUUGUGAUUCCACCACGGCUGUAGCCGAAUCGUUUCCGACCUCCUCACCGGCCGUUAAUUGGCGGGACCAGAACUCUUCCCCUGGUAUAGAUACUAAUGGAGCUCUAGAUCUUCUGGACCAGUCGACGGCCGUUGUGGCCACAGCUUGGGAUGAUGUUCUUGGCCUUGAGGACCAGCAGAGGCGGCAGCUUCAGAAACUUCAUGCUAAGGGCGUUCUCUGGAAGCAUCCGAAGGAGGAUAGUGCUGAUUCCUCCUCUGCGCCGUUGAGAUCUGCGGUGUUUCGCCUCUCGCAUGGUGGUGAGGUGUCUUCUGAUGGAAACUGCUUGUUUACGGCUUCUCAUAAAGCUAUGAGCAUGGCGCGUGAGGUCGACGCUCGGGAGCUCCGGCGGCGGACGGUGAGGCGAUUCUCGGAGGAUUUCGGAUCUGCGAGAUUGGAGGAGAGAGAGGUGAUUAAUGACGCGAUUAGGCACCUCUACUCUCCCGAUCUGAAAAAUGGAUGGGGAAUCCAUGUGGUUCAAGAGGUCAAAUUCUUGGCGAAAAAAGAGGAUCGGCCGGCACUAGACGGAGCUAUCGAUGAGCUCGUUCAACUCGGCAUGCAGAGAGAAACGGCGGCGGAGUCGAUUUACAAAGAAAGAUGUAUUCCGAUUAACGACGGUGCGAGUUGGGCGAAAUACAUGUCAAUUUCCGGUUCCAAUGAUGACGAAUACGAUAUUGUUACUCUGCAAUACACAGAGGACGGAUUGUUAUCUGUGGACGAGAACAGAGAGGGCCACGCCGCAGCCUUUGGGGAUGACAUAGCGAUUGAAUGUCUCGCAACAGAGUUCAAGCGUGAGAUAUACGUUGUGCAAGCACAUGGAUCCGACGCGAUGGUUGAUGAAGAAAAUUGUGUAUUCUUUCUUCCACACCGUCCCAGGAGUGAAAUUUGCGAAGUUCCUUUCUUUCUUUUCAUGAAAGGAACAGGUUGGUGUGGCGCGGGAGCUGACCAUUACGAACCUCUCAUCGCCAACUGCUGUUCGUUUGUUUCACAGGAGAAAGUGGCAAUGGGUAUUAUUUGGCUUGCAAUCAAGAUGGGAGAAAUCAAAAUCUGGGUUGCAUUGCUUUCCAUUUUUCUUUGGGGGGUAGAGAAUUUUUUUUCUUUUGUUUUGUCUGACUAACAUUUUGCAGGUUUUGCGCCUGCAGUUGAGCAGCUAUUUGUGAGUUUUUCGGCCUUUUUUUCUCCAAAUUUUUGGAUGUUAAUGUUAAUGUUAAUGUUGUUGUUGUUUGAGUUACCAUUUCUUAAUCGAAGAGAGAGUGCCUGUAUAGACACUGUAGUGUAGUAGGGUUGGUCAUAUUUGAGUCCAAAUUCCAGAAAAUACUGCAUCAUCUUUCUGCUGUUGUAUCCUUAUCCUUUUGUUUUUUAAUGCUAAAAGGCAAGCUUUAUUCUUUUUCUCAA